GACCACACCUGUGGGACUCCAGCUGUAGGAGCUGCUCCGUGCUGCUCUCCCCUCCCUUCCAGCGCCCCGGCGUUCAGCCCGAGGCAUGGGGACCAGAGGAUGGAUGCUUCCGACCUUCAUGGGAUGCUGCCUAUGGAUUCUGCACGGGCUGGGGACCACUGCCGCUGUCCCUAUCACCACAGAGGGACCAUUUGCUGCCACUCCAUCACAGAGCGAGGCAACCAGUGCCCUGCUACUGGGCACUGUGGGGACAAGCACUGUCAAUGACACCGUGAUGGCUGAGAGCAUCCUUGUGGGUCCCACCAUGAGCCCAUCCUUCCCCUCCAGGGCUGAGCCAGAUUCGGUGACCACAACCACUGGUUACAACUCCCCUCUGGGUGCAGAGAGCGAUGCUGGGCUGAGUGCUGGGGAAGUAACACAGGCACCCACUGGAGUCUCUCAGGGUGGGACGGACGUGGCCACGUCUCUUGACACAACACAGGAAUACCAGAGUGAUUUGGCAGCUGCCACAGCUGCUGCCAUCAUUGUCACCCCACAGCCUACUUUUACCCCCAGCGCCAAACACAAUGUAACGGGGACCACUGCUGCUGCACCCCUGGGGAGCACCCCUGUCUUGGCAGAUGUCCCAGCACCCACAACAAGGGAAGGAACAGGCUUGGAGUCCACAGCUGAUGCCACAUUCCUCCUCAGCGCCACCAUCCCAGCAGCUGUGGGGACACAGGCAUUGACCACCACCCCUCUGCAUCCCCGUGUCACCACACUGCCUGCAGACACAGGAGCAGAUGUGGAAAGUGUCACCCUGCCUGGGGACAGCCAAGGGGAUGGCAGUGCCCCCACAUCAAUCCCCAGCCCUGGUGCCAGGGGAAUGCUCCCAACUCCGUGGGGUGAGGUUGUGAGUGGGACUGUGGGUGACACCCCAGGAUGGGCAGCUUUGGAGUCUGGAGAUGUGAGAGAUGCAGCAAAUGGUGCCUUUAGCACAACUGAUUCAUCCCAGCUGCCUCCAGAGAAUGUGACAGCAUUGGGAACAGCAGAAAACCCAGGGCAGAGCUCCCUUCUUGCUGGCCAGGCAGGGCCAAGCCCAGACAGUUUGCUAGGACCUGGUGAUGGGGACAGGCAGGGAGCCACAGCUGAGUUGACAUCCAGCCCUGGCUCAACCCUGGCAACCAGCGAGGCACCCACGGCACUUGGGGUGAGAGGGGACACAGCCACCCUGCUGCCAGACACAGAUGUGCAGAGUGACGCAGAUGUCCCAGUCCCAGACAACGGCAUGCUCCUACCCACAGGGGCUGUGGAUCCAGCCGAGAGCUCCCUGCAGCCAGCCCCAUGGCUGAGCCCCAUCAGAGAAGAGCAAUCACUGCUUGGUUCUGCUCCACCGGCCCCCACAGACACUUCUGGUGCGCCCAGCACUGCUUUCCCACCCUCAGGGAUUGCAGCCGGAUCCCUUUCAGCAGCAGAUGAUGGGACAGAGGCAGUGGUGAGACCCGACCUCGGUGCUGCCCCAGAAGAACCAGCAUCCCUGUCCCUCGGGGAGUCACAGCCAUGGGACACAGCAGCUGGUGGACACAGCACUGGUCUGAACUCAGCUUUAGGUGCCACCAACCCAUCAUCUUCCACAUCUGAUGGUCCAGCGUGGCUUGCUGAGGGGGUACAGGCACAGGGGGAUGAAGGUGCAGAGGACACAACACAGGCAGAAUACACAGCGGAUGGUAGCCCCUACCCAGGCCCCCUGGGUGACAUGAGCCCUGCAGCCAGCAGCACCCAGCAGGGCCCUGCUGACACCACACCAGGAGCUGUGCUGCGCACUGAGCUGUCCUCUGCCCCAGCUCCUGGGGAUGGAACUCUGGCACCAGCACUGUCUCCAGAUGCUCCCACAGCUCCCGGCCAUGACCUCUCUGGAGCUGGAGAAGCAGGAUCCCUGCCCACUGAGGCCCUUGGUGCUCCCAGUGCUGCUCUCGCACCUCCAGCUGCUGUGGAUGGUGCUGUGUUUGGGCCUGAUGAUGGAGUAGAGGCAGCAGUGAGUCCCGACCUCGGUGCUGCCCCAGAAGAACCAGCAUCCCCAUCCCUUGGGGGAUCACAGCCAUGGGACACAGUAGCCAGUGUUCCUGAGAACACAGCUCUCCCCGGGGCAGAGGGACCAGGCAGUGGCACCAAUUCGGUGUUGGAUGCCCCCAGCUCAGCAUUAUAUGGACCUGUGGGCCCACCAUCACCCAGCUUUGGGGUACAGCCUGACACAGGCCUGGGGAUGCCAGGAGCUAAUGGACCCAAUACCAGCCCGAGUUCAGCUUUGGGUGCUGCCAACCCAUCAUCUUCCACAUCUGAUGGCCCAGCAUUGCCUGCUGCAGGGCAACAGGCACAGGGGGAUGCAGGCACAGGGGACACAACACAGGCAGAAUACGCAGCGGAUGGCAGCCCCUACCCAGGCACCCAGAGUGACACAAAUCCUGCAGCCAGCAGCACCCAACAGGGCCCUGCUGACACCGCACCAGGAGCUGUGCUGCGCACUGAGCUGUCCUCUGCCCCAGCUCCUGGGGAUGGAACUCUGGCACCAGCACUGUCCCCAGAUGCUCCCGCAGCUCCCGGCCACGACCUCUCUGGAGCUGGAGAAACAGGAUCCCUGCCCAUUGAAGCCCUUGGUGCUCCCAGUGCUGCUCUCGCACCUCCAGCUGCUGUGGAUGGUGCUGUGUUUGGAGCUGACAUUGGGGCAGAGGCAGCAGUGAGCCCCAACCUCGGAGACACAGCCCCUGGUCCCGGUGGCUCCGGCUGCCUCCAGCCCAUUGCUGGUGGCUGCAGCUGCCUCUGCCAGGGGGGUUGGGGACAGCUCAGUGCCCAGUGGGGACCCCUCCUCUGCCUCCAGUACCCAGAGUGGGAGCAGCCCCCCAUCACUGCCAUGGUCCCCUGUGGGUGA